GCAGGAGAGGGUCCUGGGGCAUCUGGGGCUUUCCUUGGCCCAGGCAGCAGCCGCAACCGCAGAGGCCGCCGGGCAUCUCUUGUUCCUACCAAACCCAGGCUGAUGUAGAGAGCCAGUCCAGACAGUUCCCGGCAGCGAUAUGGGCGUCUUCGCCCCCUUUGACAUGACAGCUCCUCCUCCUCCCGCACCGCCAGCGAAUCAGAGGCAGCCGCAUGGAGCCACGGCGGCGAACGAGCCAAUGGGCUGUAACUUCUGCGGCCGCAUCUUCCACAGCCAGGCGUCCCUGGAGGUGCACCAGCGGGUCCACACGGGACAGCGGCCGUUCAGCUGCCCACACUGCGGCAAGUCAUUCGCGCAGCCCAACAACCUCCGGGUGCACCUGCUAAUCCACAGUGGCGAAAGGCGGUACCGGUGCUCGAUCUGUGGGAAGAGUUUCAUUUCGUCAAGUCACCUUAAGAGACACAGGACSGUUCACACCCAGGAGAAACCCUACAUCUGCUCUCGGUGCGGCCAGUCCUUCACUCAACUCUGCAGCGUCCGGAGACACAGACAGCAGUCGCGGUGCGGAGAGCCGCCUCAUGCUCAAAAUGAACUCUCUGCUUGACUGUAGAAAAGGUGUUGUACAGUACGUGUGUGUGUUAGCUGUAUCUGACGUGAUUUACACUAGCUAUAGGUUUCCUGAUCAAAACGUUUCGCCUUUUAGUCUCUUGGAUGAUAGGUCCACAGAUAGAAAUUGAGAAAUGUAUGUUGUUAACUCUAAAUUAAUAUUUACCUAAAGAUGACACUGUCAUUAGUUUUAUGUGACUGUUUAGUACAAUACAUGCUGUCUUACCUUAGUCAUAAGGCAAGAUGGGGUUGUCCCUGGGAAAGGCUUGUUUUUAGAGUAGUACUUUAUUGAUCCCAACUUGGGAAAUGGUUUUAUCACUCAGCAACAUCAUCAAAUAAUUUUACGACUAGAAGAAGUCCAGGAGGACGAAGCAGGCCAUUUCAYAGACCAGUGGAUUGGACUGAGCCCUCAUCUGGCAUGGCUGACUUCACUGUGUGACUGAAUCACAGGGAUGAACGAUGCAACUAAUAAAAGGUUUUCCUGCAUGUUUUGAAGGGGUUUGAUGACAGGGUCAUUUGAGACCAAUGCACGUUCACGUGCUAGUCGGAACUAGGAAACGCWGAAAUUUACGAUUUGCCAAUUGGCUUUAGUUAUCGUAGGUGUUUAUACACUUGCUGCGCUGAACAAGUUAGCAAGUCGUAAAUGUUUAAGUUCCGACUAGCACAUGAACGCGGCAAUACUGAGGUAUAACACAGGUGAGAAGCAGUUUACACAGGCAGCCCAAUUCUGAUAUUUUUCUCCAAAUUGGUCUUUUGACCAAUCGCAUGAGAUCUUCUCACAUCCAAUCUUUUUCAGAGCCGAUCUGAUUUGUUAAAAGACCAAUUAGUUGGUGGAAAAAGAUCUGAAUUGGGUUGCCUGUGUAAACACAGCCGUUGAAAUGCACAGUGUGUGGACAGUUUACACAAUCAGGUAUCGCAAGAGAAGGGUUAAUACAUGACAGAGGAAGUGCAGGUUUAUGCUGUCAAAUCAAAUAAAUGUCAAUUAAAUUCAUGGGAAAUAGC